CUGGCUCACGACGAGUCACCUCACCACCACGCAGUUUCACCCCCAACUUGAAGGGAGAACCGCGUUUAAUUUUCUCGGGAAAUCAAGUCAGCUAUCAUUUGCUUCUUGGACUUCGCCAGCUACUACUUGCGGAAAGCUGCCAGACCCGGACCAGAGGUUAUGGUGAUCUCAACGCGGUUUUGACGCCUCAUGAGUCACGCGAUCACAAUGCUACGCGGACUACUACUAGUCACUCGCUGAAAGCCUCAAGCUUGCUACUGGUUGGUAGUAACACUUCUACUCUAGUCGACAUUCCGACGCGGUUUCUCCGACUCCCACCUUUCAAAACUUGACGCGGCCCGGCACGGCGUGGUUUCGCCAAGAGUUUCUCUCCCUCCCGCCCCCCCGCUUCCCCCCCCUUCCUCCCCCUGCGGAAGUGAGUCAUGCGGCGGCGACCCGCUCUUUCCCUAGUAGUGGCGCAGACGCGGCGAGCCCGGACCCUUCACAGACGCGGGUCGCCUCUACUGUAACGCGGCUACUACUACGACUAGUAGUACUACUAGUAGCUCCUCCCACGUUUCACCCAUAACAGUCUGCUGCGGCGAGCACUUCUAGCUGAGUGCUCUUAGAUUCUCAACCACCUGGUCUGGCCUGGAUGCAAACGCGCAACGUAUGGAUAUGCUAAGACCUCAAGAAGAUCUCGAGGGGUUCCUAAGAUGAGGCGGCACUAGAUGAUCGUCUGUCUGACAUCUGAACCACUCCUAAGAGAGUCUCAGACUCUUCCUCUGCGUCGGAUUCUGGCGAAGUUCUCUCAGUCUCAGUGAGAGUGACAUCUGAAUCGCACUCAGCGGCGAUCGGUGGUACCACCACAACCACUCGGCUCCUCUAGUACUGCUAGUAGUAGAGGCUGUUGUUUUUAUGGCUGUGGGUCUUCCAACGGCCGCUACGAUGAUGACACCCAGGCGCGGCAGCAACCACAACCACACUGGGGCUACCGCCGCAAGUGCUCCCACCCCUGCAACCGGCAGUCACUUGGCGCCGAGGCAUCCUGCUACUACCCCAGCUGGUGGUCCUAGUACUGCUGGGUGCGGCACGGAUCUUAGUAAAACCUUUGGUAACACCGUCACAGCGAAUCUGCCUGGCGGGCUGCCCCAGGGCGGCAAGUAUGCAGCGGCCACGACCAUGAGGAGCUAUGCGGCCGUGGUGGCGGCGGUGCCGGCAGCGCGCAGUGCGGCGGGUCAGGGUACGGCGCAGUUCCCGCAGUGGGCGGUGGUGACCUCGGAGCAGCUGAAGCGCGUGCCGCAGGAGGUGAUGGCGGAUGAUGGGCACUGCUGGCUGAAAUAUGGGGAGAAGAGGCUCGUGAAAUCCAACUGCCACAGGUCCUACUUCCGCUGUGCGCAGUCCACGUGCAUUGCCCAGCCCGCCAGCGACACAAGCGACCAGGACGACACAGGAGCAUCACCAGCGGCAUCUUCAGCAGCACCAGUACCAACAGCAGCAGAACCACCAGCAGCACCAGCAGCAGCGCCGUCAUCACCGGCAUCACCUUCCGUAUCGACGGAGCAGCUGCCUCCUGCUGCUGCUGUGGCUCCUGAUGCUGGUGCUCCUGGUGCUGCUGCUGCUGCCACCGCUGCUGAUACCGCUGCUGCCACCGCUGCUGAUACCGCUGCUGCCACCGCUGCUGAUACCGCUGCUGAUACUCCUGCUGAUACCGCUGCUGCAGCGCCAGAAGCUCCUGAUGCUGACACUCAAUCCAAGGCUGAUCCCGUUGAUGCCGCUGCUGCCGUGGCGCCAGACGCCUCUCCUGCUGCCGCUGCUGCAGGCACCGCCACCGAUCCCCCCACGGCCCCUCCCCCCUCUGUCUUCCAGCCGUGUCCAGCUCGCAAGCGCGUCGACUGGCAGCUAGUGCCUUGCACCCCUGGCGCGCAGCCGCCGCCCGGCAGUGACUUGCCAGCGCAGAGCCAGGCAGGUGGCAAGGCCCCUGCGUCGAUCCUGCUCUUUCGGGUGACAUACCUGAACAAGCACAACCACUCUGACAUGCCCAUCAGCCUCCGGCUUGCGGUGUCAGCAGCACCAGUCGAGCCGGCGAUCGAAACAUCUGCGGCUGCUGCAGAGAGUGGCGAUGACGUGCAAGGUGGAUGUGGUAUAACCGAGAACGAGUGGUUGAAGCAGCAGCUACAUCCGCAGCCCCAGCCGCAGCAUCUGUUGCAGCAGCACUUGCAGCACUUUGCACAGCAGCAGCAGCAGCAUCAGCAUGUCAGUGCGCCAUGCGGCUAUGUGAAUCCCGGCCCUUUGCGGCUCCCGGGAGCAAUGCUCGCAACACAACCAACACAGCAGCAGCAGAAGCAGCAGCAGCAAGACGAGUGUGGAGCAGCGCACCAGUCCAACUCCGCCCCGUGCUGUCUGACCCAGCAGCUCUCACCCACGUCCACAUCACCCUCCCUGGGAAAGCGGUCAAGAGAAGACGACUCCCUGCUCUCUGACCCGUGCAUUCCCUCGCAUGCCUCGCAUUCCCCUCGUGUCCGUCGUGCUUCGCAUGACUUCGAUGCCUCCCAUGCAUUGCCAACGUCCCACACAUUCCAAGCCACCCGUGUGUUUCAUGCCUCUCAUGCGCCUCUUGCCCCUCACGCCUUUGGCUCCUCCCCGCCUCCCAAGCCGUGUGAGAUGAGUGUCUCGCCUCCUGCUGAUCGCUGCUCUCUGUGGAACGAUAAGCCGGGGGACCAGCAGGGCUGGACGGAUGCUGGACGGCAGCAGCAGCAGCAGCAGCAGCAGCAGCAGCAGCAGCAGCAGAAGCAACACUGGUAUGCUCACCAGCACCAGCAACAGCCACUGCAGCAACUGCAGCAACAGCAUCAGUACCAUCAGCAGCAGCAGGAGCAGCAGCAGCAGCCACUCAACCUGCUCUCUUCGUUAGCCCAUUUGGCUGUUUCCACUGUUGCCAAUGGUGCUCCCGUUGGUGCCGUUACACUUGGUGCCGAUACUCCCAUGGUUUCACCACCCCCAUCAAGCAUCAUGCCAGGAGGCGAAUCUCACUCUCUGCUGCUCAGCGUGCUCCGAGCGAACCUCAAUCGCGCGGACCUCUCUUCAAGCCCCCCCAGCCACAGCAGCUGCAUGAGCAGCGGCAGCAGCUGCAGCAACAACGCUGGAGCCAACGCUGGUAACAACAAGUCUGGUAACCACUACGCUGGUAACUACAAUACUGGUUACAACUGGAGCAGUGAGAGGAACGCGUACGGCGGGGCUAUGACUAAAGACGGUGGAGGUGGGAGUGACAUGUGUGGCAAUGUGAUGACUGGUGGCACAAACAUCAGCAGGAGCAGCAGCACCACCAAUGCGGGUGGGGCUGUGGAAUUUGCCCCCCUGCAGAACCGGAUUUCUGUGGCUGAAAUUGUGCCUCAGGGAUUUGAGGCGCCUCAGAAAACCCCGUGGAUGCACACUACUGAGGCAAAUUGCCACGAGUAUGACUCAGCGCCACAUCAGCUGCAGGGGCUGUUGGAGGAUCUGGUGCCACGUCAGCUGCUGCACGGCUCACAGCCACACACACACGCUGCAGUGGCUCAAAAGCAAACUCACAAUCAAACGCAGAUGCAGAUGCAGACGUUGAACCAGACCCUCCCCUUUCUGUCCCCUCCUCUGGCUCCUAUCUCGCCCCACACCCCUUAUCCAGCAGCAGUGCCGCAUUGUGGCACAGUUGCAUCGCCACAACCAGCGCCGCAUUGCACCUCACCUCUUGCUGUGCCGCAGAAUGGGGGACAGCCCGUUGGAGUGCUUCCGCCUGUUGCAGUGGCGCCGUCCACUCUUGAGCUGCCUACUUUGGCAGCACCGUGCUGCACAUGCUGCUGCCGGCAGUCGCAAGGGGAGGCUGGGCAACAGCAGCAGCAGCAGCAGCAGCAGCAGCAGCGGCGGCGGCGGGGGCAGCAGCAGCAGCAGCAGCAGCAGCAACAGCAGCAGCGCCAGCAGCAUCUUCAGACGAGGGUACUUCAGAUGAAAUUUGAGGCGCCUCAGAAACAAUUCCAAGGAGAGGGCUGGCAGCAGCAGCAGCAGCAGCAGCAGCAGCAGGAGCUGCUGCUGCCACUACAGCAGCAGCAGCAGCAGUUGCUGCCACUACAGCAGCAGAUGGCGCCUCAAAUGAUGCCCGACACUUUUGUGCAAGGGCAGUCUGAAACUCCGGUGCAGCAGGCAACGCCAGGGCCUGUAGAUACGCUUCCAGAGCCCCUGUUACCUCCUUUGACCACUAACAUUGGGCCAUGCAGCAGUGCCUACCACACACAAUUUGCAUACACUGCUCCUCCCCUCGGCCAGCAGUUACACCUUCCCCAGAUGUCAGCUGCAGAAUCUCCUCAGGCAGAUUUUGGUGCGCAGUCAUACACAGAAGAGUCGCAGGAGAAAUCAGGUCUGCAGCAGGAUGCUAGCUAUCCCACCGUUGGAGGAACCAACAGCUUUGUGACUAGGUAUGCCGGUAAUUCUCCUGCUUGCGAGUCUGCUGCUGGCGAUUCUGCUUUCCGAAACCCUGUGACGUGUAACGCUGGGGUGCUCAACCCUGAGUUGUGUAGCCCUGCUGCGCAAAACCCUACAGCGAAGUUCACGAGGAUGGAAAUCGCAGGGUGCGAAGUGGCUGGGGCAGGGGAGGAUGAGUUGCUUGUGGAGGCAGCUGCAUGGCUGGCAGAGCAGGGCGGGCUGGAGACGCUGGACUGGCUGCCGGACUGGCAAGCAGAUAACAAAAACACAUGUGAGGAUUGAGGUGCAUCAACUUACAGAGUGCUUGAGAUGGGGGCGUGGGGGUUACGGGAGGCAUGGAAGAGGAUGGCUUACUGGUGGAGGCUGCAGUGUGCGGGCAGAGCAGGGAGGGCUGGAGACAGUCGUCUGGCUGCCAGACUGGCAGGCUGAUGCCAAAGAUUCACUCAUGCGAGGAUUGAGGUGCCUAUUAAGAUUGACUUCAGGCAUUUGGCAUCAUGACUGGACCUUACAGGUGCUCUCAUUGAUGUGUAGUUGGCCGGCGAAUAAAUUGCCCGAGUGCAGGCUUGGUGGAAAUAAGGGCAUGUCUUGUGUAUUGCGUGAAUGGUUUUGUAUAGUUCUGCCGUAUCUCUCGGACAUUUGAGAGGAGAACAAAAAGAAAUACCACUC